CUGAGAGACUGAGGUAGGCCCCGGGCCGGUGAGUCCCGGGAGAGACGCCCUGUGGUCCCGGUAAACAACUGCCACAACAACAACACCCGCGGCGGCGCCUCUCAGAGGCCGAGUAUUAUUCUUGACUCAGUCACAGCGGCCGCUUUACCUCUCGGCCGACGCCAUGGCUCAGGUCCGGCUCACGGACUACUACAGUCAGACCAAGAGGGCCAAGCCCGGGCCGCUGGGGGCCAAGCGCAGGAAGGUGGGCGUUGGGCCCGGACAGCCGCCGGAGAAGCCGGUGAGCGUCCCUCGUAGCCCGGCCCCGAGCUCCCACCGUGACCCCCCGACACCGGCCCGGGAGCCGGCCACGGCGGGCGGCGAGGGCGAGGGCGAGUCCGAGGUCGGCCUGGGCUGUCAGCCGGACCCGCUCGGGGGUCUCCGGACGCCGCGGGGAGUCGGAGGUGCCCGGGGCGAGUUCGAUCUGGGCUCGGCCGUCUUCGGGCCCGGCGCUCGGUCCAGCACCGGCAAGAAACGUUCCCGGUCCGAGUCACUGGAGGAGCCGGAGCCGGAGGCCGGGGUCGGGCAGACUCCCGCCCCCAGACCCCGACCCGGCGGCGGCGGCGGCGAGAGGAGAUCGUCAGCUCGCAAGAGACUCGUCUUGCAGCCCCAGGACGACGGGCAGCCCUCGGACCGGGUCGGACCGGGAGAGACCGAAGAGCUCGGGUCUCCCGUGGGACCGGAAUCCACGAAAACUGCAGAACCUGUGACUCUAUCGUCCAUCAAUAAAGGGACAAAGAAUGUGGUGAACCAGAGAUUGUUGCCCAAAGAGAGAAGUGAAGAGAUUGGUCGUGUUCAGGAAUCAUCAGAAGGAAAGGUUGCCACACCUGGAAAUGAAAGCCUAUUGAAGUUAAAGGCUCGGCUUCAGCAACUCCAGAAACGUACCCAAACUAUCAAUUCAUCUGCUACUUCAUCAGAGCUAAGCGCUACUGUCAAGAGCCGCCUGAACCAGGUUCGGAAACUGGGACUAAAAGUCCAAGGAAGGAAAGUGGAGCAGGAAUCGGCAACUCAAGAAGAGGCAGAACCAAGUACAGAUGAGAGAGUGAAGACACCAGCAUACCAACGCUUUCAUAAUCUAGCCCAGGAUAUUCCACCAGGGUUGAGUAUACCUUUCAAGUACAAGCUACUAGCAGAGAUGUUCCGCAAUAUGGAAACUAUUGUGAGCAUGCUGUUCAACCGAUCUGAAACAAUUACGUUUGCCAAGGUGAAACAAGGUGUCACAGAUAUGAUGCGGAGGAAGUUCGAGGAACGAAAUGUUGGGCAGAUAAAGACCGUUUACCCUGCUGCAUACAGAUUCAGGCAGGAAAAGGACAUCCCAACGUGGACUAACUCUGUCAAAAAAUACCAACUCACUAUUGAUCCUGUGGUGGAAGGAGUAAAUGCUGAUGGUCGUCCACAUUUGAAGGCUUCUCGACUACUUCAGCGUCGUCGCGUCUUUGGUCGAAACCUUCUAAACAUUGUUAAGCAGCACCAUAAAGCAUUCCUGGAUUCUCUAAACCCUCCAAUGCACGUACCUGAUGAUAAGCUAACACGGUGGCACCCUCGGUUCAACGUGGAUGAAAUUCCAGACAUUCCUGCUGCAGAGCUGCCUCAGCCUCCAAAUGAAGAAAAACUAACAACUGCUCAAGAAGUACUGGAUAAAGCUCGCAGUAUAAUGACACCAAAGAUGGAGAAAGCACUUGCCAACAUGGCUCUGAAAACUGUAGAAACUGCUGCUGUUGAACAGAAACAGAUGCCAGAUAGGAAACCAAAUCCUAGUCCCUCAACUGCAUUGAAAGGAAUUUCCCAAAGUCUGCUGGAUAGGAUUCGUGCUAAAGAAGCUCAGAAGAUUCAGGCAGUAAUGACACGAAAUCCUACACAAAUUGAGCGUCUCCAAAUGAUGUCACACCUUCCUGAGAUUGCAAGGAUUUUACGCAAUAUCUUUGUGGCUGAGAAAAAACCAGCUUUGAUUUUUGUAUUCGUAUGCAACAGGGUGGUGGAUAGUUAUCGAUCAAUGAUUAAUGUUGAGGAUAUAGGAAAACACUUGCGGUUGUUGGCUGAGGUUGUUCCUGAUUGGUUAAGCAUCCACCAAAUUCGAAAAGAGGAGUAUCUGAAGCUGAACAAGAACGUGGAACUAAAUGUGAUUUCGGAGAAAAUUGCAAAUAAAAUAAAAGUGGAGGAAAAUAAGUAAAUAUCUUAAAUGCCAUUGUUUUAGAUGGAUGUAAAUGUAAGUUCUGAAGCUUUUAACUUGUAAAAAUGAUGUACAGUAUGUUGAUCUGGAAGAGAGAAGAAUUUGCUCAGUAUGAUGUGUCCUGGAUUACCUCACUUGUACCAAUUCGUUGGAAAUGACUGAUUAGAAUUCUUUGUACUCUAUCUGGAAAGCAUCAGAAUUUUGGGAUUUAGAGUCAAUGGGUUUAUCUUGAUUUUAAAAGAAAAUUAGACUCUGGAUAUGUAGGGUAACGUAUGUUGCACUCUCAAGACCAGUUUCUUUCUGCAUUUUAAAUGAAGAGUAUAGACAUUCUGGCCUGUGCCUGCAGGGUUCAAUUUUUAUUUGCUUCAAGAAAAAGAUGAGAUGACUGUUUGAUUGGUUAAUGUUUUUUAAAGGAACAAAUUUUGAUUAAAUGUUUCACUUUUCAAAGAAACUUUGUGGUAUUUACCUCAAUUCAGCAAACUAGUAGUUUAGAACUAGUAUACUUAGAAAAUUACAGUGAAUUUAUCAACAUUGCUACUAAAGUCAGCAUUCUUCCUUAUUUGUUCAUCCUUUGUGUGUAAAUAAAUAACCAUUAUCUCCAGUCUAUGCAGCAUAUAUCUAUUCCAGAAUCACCUUGUUGAAUGGCACAUGUUAAUUAGAAAAUUGCAUUUUGAUUACUCUUAAGAUCAAUUAUAUUCAUAGUGGGUUAAUUGAUUCCAUUACUAGUUUGAGUGGUAGGACAAGAGAUUCAAUUUAGCAGUUUUAAAAUGGAAAGUCUUCUCUCCCCAGAGGAAAAAUGUUAAAUGAAGAAAUUGGUGUGUGAAUAAUGGAACAGUAUUAAAUUACCCAAUUUUAAGUUCUUCCACACUACCCCCUGGUGGACAAGACAGGCAGGUGACCUACUUCAUUAUUUCUGCCACUAAUGUUCUGAAACCAACUGAGAAGUUCAACGCAAAAAGCUGACUCAUCAUUGCCUCUAUCAUGGUGCAUUCCCACUGGCAGUUUUGUCUGGUAAUAUCUUAAGUCAAGUGAAGUAAUAUUUAUUUCCUCCCAAAAGCUACAAUUGAUGUACUAUGACGAUGCCCAUGGAUUCCCAAUGCUUGUAUACCAGUAUAGGAUUUUAAUUUAGUUCAGGUAACUUAAUAUCCAAUGUAGCUUCCCAUUUGAUGUCAACUACAUUUGUCCUGAAUACUCAAUUGACAAAUCUUUUAAAUACUAUGCGUAUCAAACAAAACUGACCUUUCAUUGAUUAAUUGCAGGUUUCAUACAUGCCUAUUAAAACUCAUUUUAGAAUCCUAAGGUAGAAAUGUGAACAAAUACUAUUCAUACAGUGAUUAGAU